AUGGCCGUGGGCAUGUACCUACGUGGACUUUUCACAAAGGACACAGGAUGGGACGCUUUCGUGAAGGGGCGCAACAGCCGUCUGAAGAUGUCGCAACAGCUUGACCAGUAUCGCUACGUGACGGGCAAGUUCGACGAGUAUGUGGGAAUGAAGACGUCUGCAGACGUGGCGGGCGCAGCAGGUGUGACCAUCAAUAAGACCCAAGUCAUGAAGGCGUUCAACCUGCCUGUGUCGUGGGCGGAGGAGGGCCUCGAGGCGCUCGCGCUGACCGGGAUGUACGGGCCCGGCGGAUCACGAUCCGAAGACGCGAAGGUUGUCGCGAUGCUCGACGAGGUGCCGCCGACAACGACGGGCAUUCAGCUGAAGAAGUUCCUCUCGCUGUUGAGGGAGAUACACAGUCGCUGGACGAUUGAGCAUCCUUAG